AACCUCAACACCAACCAUCAGGUUAUACUACCUCAUUCCUCUCGUGCUUCUACUAGCUACCCUGCCGGCUGUAGAUAUCUGUCAUCGAUCAUCACCAACUUUUCAGUUCAAGCUAGGUAGCUAGCCAUGGCUAGGGUGCUGGAGCCUCUCGUCGUUGGAAAGGUCAUCGGGGAGGUCAUCGACAACUUUAACCCCACAGUGAAGAUGACGGUGACCUACAGCUCCAACAAGCAGGUGUUCAAUGGCCACGAGUUCUUCCCGUCGGCGGUCGUGUCCAAGCCACGCAUUGAGGUCCAGGGCGGCGACAUGAGAUCCUUCUUCACUCUGGUCAUGACGGACCCAGAUGUGCCAGGGCCUAGUGAUCCAUACCUGAGGGAGCAUCUCCACUGGAUCGUCAAUGAUAUUCCUGGCACCACAGAUGCUUCUUUUGGAAGGGAGGUGGUGAGCUACGAGAGCCCCAAGCCCAACAUUGGCAUUCACAGGUUCACCUUCGUGCUGUUCCAACAGAAGAAGCGGCAGUCCAUGAACCCUCCCUCCACCAGGGACUACUUCAACACGCGCCGCUUCGCUGACGAGAACGACCUUGGCCUCCCGGUCGCUGCCGUCUACUUCAACGCGCAGCGGGAGACAGCGGCACGCCGCCGCUGACGGAAACAAUCAGCCCAACCCUUCUUCUCUUGCAUGCAUGGCGCAUGCAACAAGCCUAUGGAUCAACCUAUAGCUACCAUUAGCUACCAUCUACAUAUAUCUCCAACCAAUAAGAGUUUGCUUGUGAGCGUCUUGUGUGUGCUGUUUCCAGUAGUCUUUCUACUGUUCAGUUUUUUCUUCGGUCAAUUUAGUUACUAGUUGAUCUGUGAACCAGUGUACGUGCAACCUACAUCUACCACUAGUGUGAAUUUGAUUCAGCUCCUAUUUGUGGAGACGAAGGUUAUAUGCGUCCACGAUGCAGUGUGCUGGCAAGUGGCAACACAGUUGGGGGCUGAGAGAUCGAUGCAUACUAGUGUUGACUGGGACUUUGGAAGCAGAUUGAUAGCUGAAGACCGUCGACAUGUCUGGUAGUGGAAGGAGGAAAAGACAAUGGCCAUGGCCCAGCCACUAGUAGUAACCUACUAUUUUGUCAUGUGCGUGCAUGCAUGUGUCGCUGCUAGCUCACUGCAGCUUAUAGCUUGCAGUGUACCAGCUUGUACCCGAUCCUUCAAACCUGCUAUGUAGCUAGGUUGUAACCAUUAUCUCUCCAUCUGCUCCAAACUUUUCUGUAUGACAAGACAUGCAUUGCUAUGUAUAUGCCUCGAUUGUGUGUAAUAUGUUAGGUUUUGCCGUAUCUACUAUGUGUGGGUGUUUUUAUAAUGUUAAAAUGGCUGCUGAUGAGAAGAGGCAUCA